UCCUCCUCCUCCCUCCUCCUCCUCCGACCUCGGCCGCCCGCGCGCAGCCGGCUCCCCUGCGCCGAGUUUCCUGUUUAAGAUGGCGUCCCCCGUGGCAGCGCAGGCCCGGAAACUUCUGCAAGACCUGGCGCUCCGGCCCCCGCUGCUGGCGGCCAGGUCCCAGGCAGUGCAGUUAACCCCCCGAAGAUGGCUGAACCUGCAGGAAUACCAGAGCAAGAAACUGAUGUCUGACAAUGGAGUGAAAGUUCAAAGAUUCUUUGUAGCAGACAGUGCGAACGAAGCUCUGGAGGCUGCUAAGAGACUAAAUGCAAAAGAAAUUGUUUUGAAAGCCCAGAUCUUAGCUGGAGGAAGAGGAAAAGGUGUCUUCAGUAGCGGUUUGAAAGGAGGCGUUCAUUUAACAAAAGACCCUCAAGUUGUAGGCCAGCUGGCUAAACAGAUGAUUGGGUAUAAUCUAGCAACAAAACAAACUCCAAAAGAAGGUGUGAAAGUUAACAAGGUGAUGGUUGCUGAAGCCUUGGACAUUUCCCGAGAAACCUACUUGGCCAUUCUGAUGGACCGGUCCUGCAAUGGCCCCGUGCUGGUGGGCAGCCCUCGGGGGGGCGUUGAUAUCGAAGAGGUGGCCGCUUCGAAUCCAGAGCUUAUUUUUAAGGAAGAAAUCGACAUUAUUGAAGGGAUAAAGGACAGCCAAGCUCAGAGGAUGGCAGAAAACCUAGGCUUCCUUGGGCCUUUGAAAAACCAGGCUGCAGACCAAAUUAAGAAGCUGUAUAAUCUCUUCCUGAAAAUUGAUGCCACUCAGGUGGAAGUGAAUCCCUUUGGUGAAACCCCAGGAGGACAAGUUGUCUGCUUUGAUGCAAAGAUAAACUUUGAUGACAAUGCAGAAUUUCGACAAAAGGACAUAUUUGCUCUGGAUGACAAAUCAGAGAAUGAGCCCAUUGAAAAUGAAGCUGCCAAAUAUGAUCUAAAAUAUAUAGGAUUGGAUGGGAACAUUGCCUGCUUUGUGAAUGGUGCUGGUCUUGCCAUGGCUACUUGUGACAUCAUCUUCUUGAAUGGUGGGAAGCCAGCCAACUUUUUGGAUCUUGGUGGUGGAGUAAAGGAAGCUCAAGUGUAUCAAGCCUUCAAACUGCUCACAGCCGACCCUAAGGUGGAAGCCAUCCUUGUCAAUAUUUUUGGUGGGAUCGUCAACUGUGCCAUUAUCGCCAACGGCAUCACCAAAGCCUGUCGGGAGCUGGAACUCAAGGUGCCCUUGGUGGUCCGGCUGGAAGGAACCAAUGUCCACGAGGCCCAAAACAUCCUCAGUAACAGUGGACUCCCCAUUACUUCAGCUGUGGACCUGGAGGAUGCCGCCAAGAAGUCUGUGGCCAGCGUGGCUAAGAAGUGACAGCUUCGUCCUGACCCUUGGAGGGAGAAGGCCAUUGUCUCAUAAAAAUGAAUGAUUCAUCACUAUGAAGGAAACGGUCAUCUGAUUGGGGGGAAAAUGGGUGAGGGGAUGAUCACUCUGUGAAAGGCCAUAAUCACUCUGUGAAAAAUCUUAAAUCUGCAUUUUCUUGAAUAAGAUAGCUAGCCCACCUCAGUAAUCUGAUGUCGCUUACAGUCUUCCAUGUUCUGUUCUCAUACUUUUCGGUCACUGUGAACCUGCUCAGUAAGCAUCGCUUGUUGCCGACUUUAGGGGAGCAGUCUGUUUGGCCAAGCAGUAUGUGUAUAUAUAGAAUUUGAGAUCAGACCAAUUCUACGAUUUUUAAUAAUAAAAAAUUCACAUGCUCUAAAAAGUCAAACAGGAUUACAUUUAACAGCUUAACUUUCAAAAAGGCACAGCGAAGACAUUCAAAACUGUUAUACACUGCAACAGCUUUUACAAGUUUCUAAUUCCAACGCACUUAGAAAGUCCAUGAAUGUUCCAAAACACGUUGUUUUACAGUGGAAGAUCUAUAUUAAUAUCUCACACAUGUAUUCUACCAUUUGCCUUAAUAGUGAAUAUACUGUGUACCUCACACUAAAAAUAACGCCAGAAGCCUUAUUUGUGAUUUUGGAAUAGAAGCUUCUAUUUCAACGUCAAAACCGAAGAAUGCUGAUUCUUAUGGAAAUCUCCAUAAUUAAGUCAUUUCAAGAAGAGACAGCACUCAAGAUCAAAUUAUGUUGUGUUGGUAUCUUUCCUCCCCUCCUUUUUCCCUCCAGAAUCUACCAGCUGGGAAAAUGUAAUUGAGAGAAUCUGGCUUCUUUUUCAUAAUGCCUGUUUUUGUGGUGGGAAAGGAUUUGAAUUAGGUCUUUGUUGAAAUUUUAGUAAAUUCUUAUCUGUACACAAAUUUAAAUAAAAUCCUAUGUUUUGUAAGCUGUAA